AUGAACGGGGAUCGGGUUUUAGCCGACAGUUUUUCCAUCGUCCAUCCUAGCGGACUUCCAUAUGAACCCGGUCUAUCUGGACAGGAGAGUGUGUUGUGCUCUUACAUAAAACCAAAUAAAUCGUUCACGAAUCACGAUAGAUACCAUUCUAAAUCGGGUCGUCCAAAGGACCGCUCAGUAUCACAAAGGAGACGAUUCUGUUCAACUAGCGGUCCGCGACCUAAUCGACGAGACAAACAAGUUAUAAUCAAAGCACAACCUGCCGGUUGGUACCAAGUAGAUCAUGUUAGUCGUAAUCUAUCUCUAGCCCCGAGAUUACCUACUUAUGAACCUUUGGUCACUUACAGUUUUUCCGGGGACCAGGCGAGACGGAAGCGUCGUGCUCGACGGAAUCGCCGCAGUUCGGUCAAUUGGUCGAUGCAGAGUCGUUUUCCUUCACCAUCUGUUUUUGGUUCUACCUUGGGCUUGUUAAGAGAACUACCAUGUGCUCGACUCCAUUAUGACAGUUUUCGUCGGAUAUUUCCGACUUUGCCCACACGAACAAUGAAAGAGAAGAGAUUUCGUACAGAGGCAGCUAAACAAUUGCCAUUCGCUAAGUACCCAGACGAACAAUUGCAGGACAUUUUGGAUUCGACCAGUAAGUCAAUAAGCAUCACCGGCAAUGAUAGCCAGACAACCAGUUGGAUCAAUACCCAUCGAGAAUCCACGAAAAAUGACUUACCGGAAGCGUCUCAAGCCUGGCGAACCGAGGGUGAUACACAAAUUACGAAUGAAAUUAGUGAUGCUAGUAGUGAAAGUGAAGAAAGUACAAAAGACGAGGAUGAUAUCCCAGAGGAGGAUGAAAAUGAGGAUAUUCCCGAAGAACCGGAUGAAGAUCUCCUUGAAGCUAUUCCUUGUAAAAUUCCGGGUUCAUCGAACCCGUACGAACCGAUUUCAUCCAAUCAGUCUAAAACUGAUGUAGCGGGUCAAGUUGAUGGACAUCCGUUUAGCAACAAACACUCCACACCCGUGUCCGAAGACUUCUUAUCUGUCAGUGAUACAGACAAUAGACUGACCGCUGUGCUUGAUAAAUGUGACAAAACUGCACAGAACCAUCAACAAGAUGAAGAAUCGUUGCCAUAUAUCGACACGGAACAAGACAGUCAUUCUGUUCCUUUGGCUGCCUAUGAAGAACAAACUAAGUCCAGUGACAUUAGUGCUCGACAUCUGUCCUGUGAACCGGAAGGGCCGCGACAUCUGGCGGAAAGUGACCUUCGUGCAUCGGGAUUAGACCCGGUCCCUAUUGCAGAACUGCCCCCAUUAGUAAGUGCUUCACGCAGAUCUUCUCAUACUAUCACCUCACGACCAGAUUAUGAACAGUCCACUAUUGUCAGCGGACAAAAGUGCAAAACGAAAACAGACGAUGCCUUACCAAGUCCACAGUUUGCAGUUAGUCUUUUCGAAUCCGCUUCAGCCGGUCGUGUGAUUAGUGGAUUAUCUUGUACCGCCUGUUCCAAACCUGCUUAUCCGGCGGAACGUCUAGAAGCCGAUGGCAAGUUGUUCCAUGUGGCUUGUUUCCGAUGCGCCAAUUGUUCAACACUCUUACAACGGGGUGCAUGGAAUUUUCGAGGAAAAAAUUACUAUUGUAAUCCCUGUCAUCGACGGAUUGCACUACAAACCUUGCGGCAUUAG